AUGAACCCAAUGAACGCUUCAUCGGGUACCUCAGCCUUAUGGCAGGAGGCACGUAAUUCCGAUGGCAGGGUCUAUUACUACAACGUGCAGACCAAGGCGACCCAGUGGACGAAACCUGUGGAGUUGAUGACACCCGUUGAGCGUGCUCUGGCAGACCAACCAUGGAAGGAAUACACCGCAGAUGGAGGGCGCAAGUACUGGUACAACACGGAGAGCAAGCAAAGCACAUGGGAGAUGCCCGAGGUUUACAAGAAUGCGCUGGCACAGGCUCCCCCCGCUCCGGCUCCCCCAGCUGCUGCCCCCGCUUUCGUGGCAGGCGGCGGCAGCUCCUACUCCUCGCAACCUCCGCAGCGCGAACGCGAACGUGAACGCGAUGAAUAUGAUCGAGGAUACGGCGAACGUGAACGGCGUGGGUAUGGAUCCUUUGACACAAACGGCAUGGUGGCUGCGCCAGCUGUGGACACCGGUCCCGAUCCCGCCUACGGCUCGAUCGAAGAGGCCGAGAAUGCUUUCAUGAAGAUGCUGAAGCGACACAAUGUUCAGCCCGAUUGGACUUGGGAACAGACCAUGCGAGCUACUAUCAAGGACUCGCAGUACCGCUCCCUCAAAGACCCGCGAGACCGCAAGUCUGCCUUUGAGAAAUAUGCGGUCGAGGUUCGCAUGCAGGAAAAGGAUCGGGCGAAAGAAAGAUUCGCUAAGCUCCGUGCAGAUUUCAAUACCAUGCUGAAACGGCAUCCUGAAAUCAAGCACUACAGUCGCUGGAAGACAAUCCGUCCCAUCAUCGAGGGAGAGACUACCUUCCGGGCCACCGACGAUGAGAACGAGAGGCGCCAGCUUUUCGAAGAGUAUGUCACCGGGCUCAAAAAGGCUCACGUGGAGCAGGAAUCUGCAACACGUAAGGCUGCUAUGGACGAGCUGGUCGGAAUUCUUAACUCGUUGGAUCUGGAGCCGUACACGCGCUGGUCGGAGGCUCAAGCGACUAUUGAGUCGAGUGACAAGUUUCAGGGCGACGAUAAGUUCAAGACCCUGAGCAAGUCCGAUGUUUUGACCGCAUUUGAAAAUCACAUUAAGAAUUUGGAGCGCACGUUCAACGAUGCCCGCCAGCAGCAGAAGGCCGCUCUGGCCAGGAAGGAACGCCGCCAUCGGGAGGCGUAUCUGGAGCUCCUGAAGGAGCUGAAGUCCCAAGGAAAAAUCAAAGCUGGCAGUAAGUGGAUGAACAUCCGCCCGGUAAUUCAAGACGAUCCCAGGUACCAUGCAAUGCUGGGUCAAUCUGGAUCGACUCCCUUGGACCUGUUCUGGGAUAUGGUGGAGGAAGAGGAGCGCGCACUCCGUGGUCCUCGCAAUGAUGUGCUGGACGUUCUUGAUGACAAACGCUUUGAGGUUACCUCCAAGACUACCUAUGAAGAGUUCAACUCUAUCAUGGUUGCUGACCGACGCACCUCGAAGAUUGAUCCGGAUAUUCUUGAGCUCAUAUUCCAGCGCAUUCAAGACAAAGCACUUCGCAGAGAUGAAGAAGAGAAGCAUGCUGCUGAUCGCCACCAGCGCCGCGCAGUUGACGCUCUGCGCUCUCGGAUCAAGCGCCUGGAACCUCCCGUGCGCAUUACAGAUACAUGGGAGCAGGUGCAACCUCGAGUUGAAAAGUACGAAGAAUAUAAGGUCCUCGAAUCGGACGAGCUUCGCGAAUCGGCGUUUGACAAGGUCAUCCGCCGUCUGAAGGAGAAAGAAGAAGACGCCGACAAGGAUCGCGAGCUACGUGACCGAGACCGAAGCCGCCGUGACUACGACCGUGGCGACCGCGACUACCGCAGCAGCCGGGGUGAACGACGAGGUGGCAGCCGCGUCAGUCGCUCCCCAGAACCCGACGCCUACGAGGCAGACCGGCGCAAAGCAAUGGCAGAUCGUGAGCGAUCUUACCGCAAGACCAGCGGUUUCUCACCAACGCGCGAUCGUCGCGAUGACCGCGACAGAGAUCGUGAUCGCUACCGUGAGCGUGACAGCCGCGACCAUGAACGGCGUCCUCGAGACGGCGACCGGCGCGAGGAUGAGCGCGAGCGCCUGUAUCGUGCUCGUGGAGAUCCGCGCGGUAGUCGCGAUGAGCUUGACUACGGUGGUGAUGCUCGUAGCACGGGCAGUGAUCGCAGGCGCAGACGUGAAAGCGAUUCAGAGAGCGUGGCUAGUCGGUCAGUGAAGCGGUACCGAAGGGAUAGUCGGGAAAGAGAGCGGAGCAAGGGCCCGCGCAAAGAUCGUGUCAAGGAGCCCUCUGCGGUUCCUGAGGAGGGUGCUGAGAAGGAGAAGGAUGAGAAAGCCAUCCACUCUGGCAGUGAGGAGGGGGAGAUCGAGGAGGAUUAG